AUGCUGCCGAUGCGGUUCAUGCUCUCCUGUCUGACUGGCAUCCUUGCCCUCGCCGGGCACGCAACCUGCUCCAGGGGCACCCCUGAGCCGGACUGGGCUCGUUUCAAAGACCCUCCCGUAGCUGUACGCCCUCGAUUCCGCUACUGGAUUCCCGACGCCUCGGUGCAAGUUGCACCAGCAGUGCAAGAUGUUGCUCGCGCAAAGCAUGUCGGCGCCGGCGGCCUAGAGAUACUACCAUUCUACGGAUACGAAACGACCCCUUGGUACUAUGUCCCAGUUGACUGGUCAAAGUAUUACUGGGGUAGUGAGCCGUGGCAGAUCCUGUUCAAGGAGCUACUACAGGCGCACCGCGACAACGGCCUGGUCAUGGACUUUGCCAUUGGAGCUUCCAUGGGCCAGGGUGUCCCUGCGGAGGUGGAUAACGAGGGCUUAGCCUGGGACCUUACCUCGUACAACUUCACCGUCCCCAUCGGCGGGUCAUUCCACGGGAAGAUCCCAGGCUGGGGUCCUGGACCUGAACCGCGAGCGGGAAAUCUCCUCGCCGUCGUUGCCGGAACCGCUGUCUCCUCUGUCAAGACAUCUGGUUCUGAGCCGACCCUGCCGCAUGGGGUCCCGGGUGAACGCACCCAAGUCACCCUCGCGGCUGAUAGUCUCAUCGACAUCACCUCAAACGUCACCUCCGACGGCCGCUUGUCGAUCAGCUUCCCCAAGGGGAAAGGGAUUGAAAAUGUGGUAUUCGUCAUCUACGAGCAUAUAUUCCGCCACGCGGUUUACCAGUCCCCAUCAGUGCUAGGCGGCCCACAGGGCGAGCCGACGAGCUUCCUGAACAAUGGCUCCUGGGUCGUCGACCACUUCUCCAAGAAGGGGGCGCGAGUUACAGCGAAUUUCUGGGAAAAGUACCUACUCAGCAAUGGGACGCGCGAGCUGAUUGCUGAAGUCGGAAACUCGGCGUGGGAGGACAGCCAGGAGAUCCCGAAUAAGGUAUACUGGACGCCGGGACUGCCAGAGGCUUUCCGGAAGCGAACGGGCUACGGGAUUUCAAAGUGGUUGCCGCUUCUAUUUCACCAGAAUGGCCUUGGGUUUAAGCCUCAGCUGUCGACCUGGUGGAUCACGGAUGAGGAGGAUGCGGGCAAUAGGCAUGUGGCUGAUUAUCGAGCGACGCUUGGAGAGCUAAACGGCGAAUACCUCAAGACUCUCAGCGAGUGGUCCAAAUCGCUGGGGGUCAAGUUCUCGACACAAGUAGGCUACAACAUGCCCGUCGAUAUGCUUUCGAAUAUUCCACUGGUAGAUGUCCCCGAAUGUGAAAGCCUGGGCUUCAAUAAUGAAAUCGACGCCUACCGACAAUAUGCCGGACCCGCCAACCUCGCGGGCAGAAAUGUCAUCUCCUCGGAGCUCGGGGCCAACUACCCCAUCGCGUACCAACAGAACUUUACGCGGCUGCUGUGGGAGGUGAAUCGGUCAAUUGUCGGCUCGGUGAAUCAGUUCGUGCUGCAUGGAUUUCCACACUCCGGGCCGUAUCCGAAUACGACAUGGCCCAGUAUCAACACGUUUGUGUACUUUGUCUCCGACAUGCACGGUCCACACCAGCCGGGAUGGGAUUACUAUCGACCUGCCAUGGAUUACAUUGCACGUGUGUCUGCGAUAGCCCAGACGGGUGUCGCAAAGAAGGACGUUGCCUUCUAUUCGAAAUAUACAACGUAUCCGCAGGUGGCGCCCGAGUAUACAUCCGAGGACCUCAAUCAAGCAGGGUAUACCUACGAGUACCUGAGCCCUGACAACUUUGAUCUCCCCUCCGCACACGUCUCCCAUGGUGUCCUCGCGCCAGAGCACCAGGCCUUCCGCGCCCUGGUCAUUCCCGCUCACCAGAGCAUGACUAUUAAGGGGGUCGACCACAUCGCUGAAUACGCACGCGCAGGUCUGCCCGUGAUAUUCCUCGGUGGCCAACCGACGGGAUGCUUGGGAUUUGAUGCGGCAUGCACUGAACAUGUUACCAAGGUUCUCAACAAGAUCUCCCGUCUCACCAACGUCCACGACGCACCAGAUGGGAGCCUGGCAAAGACACUCAAGAAGCUCCGCAUCCAGUCACGAACCCAGCUAGCCACGCGCAGCCCGUGGUUCACACAGUGGCGGCAUGACCCGGAAAAUGGAGCUGAUUAUGUGUUCGUAUUCAACAACCUCGAGCGCUCCUCCUCAAAGACCGUGAUCAGCAGCGGGUUCGUCGAGUUCGAGACAACUGGCGUCCCAUACCACCUCGAUCCAUGGACGGGCGCGCACACGGCUAUCCCGACAUACACGCAAACGACGCAUACAACGCGCAUCUUCUUCAAGCUCGCGGAGGGUGAAAGUGUUCUUCUCGCCUUUAUCCCGGGGCCGCCACCGCAAGACCACCUAACGUUUACCACUGGGCCUAUCCUCGAUAUCGCAGCGCCCUUUGAUUCAAGCAGAAGCAAUGCCAAAAUAGUCAAGAUCCGCAAUGCCAUCCCCGGUCUCCCAUCACGCGCUACCAUCAAAGACUCGAAUGGGGAGAUCCACGCAUUCAAAGUCCUCGUCGAGCCCCCUCGUCGCCUACAGGACUGGACACUUACCGUCGAACACUGGGAUCCGCCAGAAGAUCUAUACGAUACCUACGGAACCGUGAAGUGGAACUCUACGUAUAAACGCCUGAACACCCUGAAACCCUGGACGGAUAUCUCAAGAGAUCUCGACGCAACCAGCGGCCGUGGCUUCUACACCACGAGCUUUACUUGGGACACCGGCGCCCGAAGGAAGAGUAGCGGCGCGUACCUCGAACUCCCUCCCGUCUCGCACACCGUGCAGGUCUCAAUCAAUUCGAAGCCCCUUCCCCCGAUAAACAUCUACCGCCCGAGCAUCGACAUCACCUCGUACCUCGUGGAUGGUAAGAACACGGUGCAGAUUGUCAUCGCAACACCACUGGGAAACGCAUUGCGACCGAUCUGGAAGAAGCUCGUGACCGGCGGGCACUUUUACGCCGAGGGCUCGGAGAAUAUCGCGCCUGUGCCCGUUCAGGCGGAGUACGGGCUUGUUGGCGAAGUGAGGGUUGUGCCCUUUGUAGAAUGUCGGAUUGAUGAGGGGCGGGGUGGGAGGCAAUGUGGGGAGUAG